AUGUCGAACUCCAAGUGGUCAAUCAGAAAAGUCGUUCGCUCACUAGUACCAACGUCAGUCCAACCAGCUAAUGUCACUAUUCCUGGAGAGGAUUCGACUGUCGCAUUAGUAGAGCAGCCUAUACACGAGCCCGUUUUGACAACGCCUGGAUACCAUGGGCCUGCGGAACAUGAAAAGCCGCUAUGGGAAGAGCAACUGGACGAAUCAGACUUGGAUCUUGCACCCGACGACCCAAUUCUUUUGUGGAACAAGGCAUACAACGCGAUCAAAAGGAAUAACGGCGACCUUGUAACCACGUUUGAAAAGAUCUUAAAAGAGGAUAUAAUUGGAGGAGAUUCCGGCGAGAACCAAGUCGGAUUUUCCGACAUCAAUGGGCAAUAUCGCUUAGUGUUGAUGAAACUAGCAGUGGAGAAGAGCAUCCAGAAAGUAAAGACUCAUGAAGCAGUUAAAGAAGGAGUCUUGACCCUAUCAACUCUGGUGGUAGAUUUGAAAGGGGUUGGCGAUGCCAUCAUGUCUUCCCAGCCUCCUGCGGCGAUGGCUUGGUCCGGUAUCUGUGCUAUUCUACCGAUUCUUACACGAUCUUUACUCCAAGAGCAAGCAAUGGUCGAAGGUCUCAACCAUGUCAUCUCAAAGAUGGAAUGGUACCUUGGUCUCGGUAGCUACGUUGUCAUGGACCAGUGGCAAGACAACCGGCAACUUUCUAAACUUAAAGCAACACUUGAGAAGAGAAUUCUGAACGUAUACGAGUCAAUGCUAGAAUAUCAAAUGCGGAGCGUCACACAUUGCUAUGACAAGCAUCCGGUAAUCCGCGGAGUCAAGACAAUACUCGGUUCUAACGACUGGAGAACCCGUAAUAAAGAAUUGGAGAAGCGUGAGCGCGAUGCGGAGAAAGAAUUGUUGCAGUAUUCAGAUUGGCAUGGCAAUAGCAUCUUUGGCAACAUUGCCCGCAACACUGAGACGACUCUGGCUCACCUACGGCACCAGUUCGGGCAGACAAAGCUGGGGGAGAGAGCCACCGCUAUAGGCCGGUUUAAGACGACCUGCUAUGAGCAACUGAUGGAGGCCAUACCACCCCGAGUCCCUGGGACCUGCGAGUGGCUACGAAAACACGCAAAGUUUACCGAAUGGAACCAACAGAAAUUCGGGCUCCUGCUCAUCAGCGCGGGCCCUGGCUGUGGAAAGUCGGUCUUGGCAAGAUACCUAGUCCAAGACGUUCUUCCAUUCGGCGACCCAGCUGCAACUGUUGCAUACUUCUUCUUCAGCGAGAAUGAGAGGAGUAUCCCAAAUGCUUUGAGCGCCAUGAUUCAUCAGAUUCUGUGCAGUUUAAGCAGCCUCUUUGACUCAUGCAUUGCCGAGGUCCAGGCUCUUGGACCGAACUUGCUUUCUGACCUUGGCUCACUCUGGAGGAUGUUUGAGUUGAUUGUAGGUCACCCGAACAAGAGACAGAUUGUUUGCGUCUUGGAUGCUUUGAAUGAGUGCGGAGACGCCGAGAGAAAGAAGUUUAAUCAGCUGUUGCGCAAAUUUCUGUGUCGCAAAUUUAGCCACCCCCCGCGAGUCAAAUUUCUCAUUAUGACCAGAGAAGAUCCGGAUAUUCUCGAAGACUUUCGGGGUUUCGAGUCGAUGCAUUCUGUCCAGCUGAGCGAAGAAUCAAAGAAAAGGGAUGUUGCAUUCGAGGGGUGCGACGUCCCGGUUCAGCUGAGGAGUAUAGAUCUUCUGGAAGACAUCAACGUCGUCAUAGCCCAUCAUCUCCGGCAACUCUUGUUGACCAAGGCUAUGACUCAAGAUACAUGGCAACUAGUUGCCUCGGCCUUGGAGCAAUCUCCCUCUGAGCCAAGGACUUACCUCUGGGUGAGCAGUGUUUUUGACGUCUUGGAACAGAACUUAGAUGAUACAGUGAAGAAGUGGGAACAACUUGUUCAACGUCCGCCCGGGACUCUAUUCCGAGCAUAUGAGGACAUGUUAAGAGACAUCUCUGAAGAGGAGAGAAGGAAAGUCACGAGGCUGUUUCGUCUCAUGAUUGCUGCCGAAAAGCCCAUGGCCCUGCACGAAUUAAACGUGGCACUGCAUGUUCAGGACCGCAGGACUGUCUAUCUUGAAAAUGAUAUGGCACACCCUUCUAACAAGAGCUUCCAGAAAUGGUUGGCCAGAACAUGUGGGGGUUUUGUUGCUGAGUUUGAUAACAGGAUAAUGUUCGUUCAUCGCUCUGCCAAAGCGUUCCUUCUGAGCCCUGAUGACAAAUCUGCAAGUCGGCAAGAAAUCGAAAGAGGGACGUAUUUGUGGCAAGGCUCUAUAACAAUCGUGCAGGCCCACCGAACGGCAGCUGAAAGCUGCAUUCUGUAUCUCUCACUAGGUGUUCUCUCCACUGCAAAGUUUAGAGACCUGACACGAGUGUUUAACAAGGCCCUGGGAGAAGCACAAGUGAUGCUCCGGGAUCGUUCUUUACGUCCUGAUGAGUUUUUGGAUCAUGCCUACGAUCAAUGCGAACAAGCCGUUCGAGACCAAGGCCUUUCCACUUACUCAUUGUACUCGCUGCGCAAUUGGGCCAGCCAUUUCUAUUGCGCUCAAGAAUUUUGA